CCCAACUCUGCAUCACGAUCUGCGUUGCCUAGAACAGACCAUGUCCUUUCUCGUGAACCCUAGAUUGACAGCGAGAACGGCGCGGCUCCGACGAGUGACCAUGGAUUUCCCUUGGUCUGACUCAAAGAAUCUAGGCAUAUGUACCUCGCACGUCGUGCUACAAGGCGCGCCUCUGGGCGAGAGAGGAGGCCGAGGGAGCGAGAGCAGAGUCGGUGCACACCAUUUAUAAUGUAAUUCGGACAAGAAAG